GAACUGAUAAAUUACCCACACACAAAAAUUACAACGAGCACAGAGUUCAAAACAUUAUUCCGUAAUAUUUUGAGAUAUGUUGCGUUGCUUUACUCGCUUUGCUGGUUUUUCCGCGUCCAAGGCAAUUCCAUAUAUGCCAAUAUCUGCUUUAUCCUCCUCGUCUGAAACCAGCCUCCUGAUAGGCGAUCCAAUCAGAGGCCAAAUCGAUCCGGUCACUGUCACCUGGACGGACAUCAUCGGGGACGACUGCGGGGGUUCGUCCAAGCGUCUAGCCGCUGGUCGUAUCCUAUCAGUUUUGGAUUUAUGUGCUGGGCAUGCCACUAAUCGUGUUAUGAAUAAAAUAACCCAAUCUACUGGUGCAUCCUACAGUUCUUGCACCGUUGGCGUCUCUGGCACUGUCUUUGUGUCUCCUAUCUUACAUGGCGAUGCGCUUCGUGUGAGAGGCAGUGUCAUUUAUUGUGGUGAGAGUUCUUUGGGGAUUUAUAUCCGUUUUUUCCGGCAGUCUCCAUCCACGAAAACCGAAGGUUUGACAGGUGAAUCAUUUUUCACUAUGGUAUUUAUUACUCAAGACCUCAAACCAGCAAGGGUUGUACCUGCGAUGACGCUAACAGAUAAAACGGAUAUUGAGAUGCAUAAGCGGUAUAAUGCCAUUCGUUCUUUCCAAAAGCAGAAUGCUGAGACAACUAAAAAGCUGUUUGAACAUGUUGUCACCGAAAGGGAGUCUAGUUGUCCUAUUAGUGAACCCAAGCCUUUGUAUGUACCUAUCAGCACUACAUACUGCCAUGCGAACCGCAUCUUUUUUUUAGGUCAUUUAAACAACAACAACACCGUAUUUGGUGGAGAGCUAAUGGGGUGGAUGGAGCGACAUGCUGUACACUGUGGCAGAAUGUUUACAGGAAAUAGAAAUAUAUUCACUAUCAGUAUGCAUAGUUUGUCCUUUGACGAACCAGUGUAUGCUACUGAUUGGGUUAGCCUCAGCGCAAACGUUAUUUACGUUCGUAAUACCACUAUGGAGGUUGACGUCAUGCUCUCUGCUGAGCGCGCGAAUGGGUCUGUGAUCACCAAUCGUGCCUCAUUUGUUCUCAUUAACACAAAUGAUAUUGGACAGAAAAUAAGCAUUCCUAUUGGUCUUGACCUCUCAGUGGCUUCCCAGGAUGAAUUGAAGCGGUAUGUAGUUGCAAAAAAACGGUACCAAAGUGGCUUUGAAAAUUCCAAAUACAUUAGGAAUUUAGUAUGA